AUGGCUGACCUCAGAUCGUCAGGCUUGCUGCUCCUCGAUGGCAAUUGGGACCCUACCGACGUAUUAGAUACAGGUUCAACUCAACUAUCGCUAUGGUGUAGAAAGAUGGUUUUGGAACAGAGCUCGCUCAUGCUCCCUACCACCACUCAAACGAGAUUUGAUCGCGAAAUGGCAGAAGAUGCUGCUCCCAUCGGCCAACUCGUUUUCUUCAUACGGGGAUGUGUGCGCCGUAAGCAAGUGGGGAUCGUUGCCUUUAUCACGAUGGCAUCUCUCACCUAUCAGGUUAUCGAGCGUUAUGUGAAAAAGGACUACGCAACGGGAAAAAGUCAGAAUUUCAACCCGGACAACUUUCCGAAUCCCGAGUCUCCAAAUCUUGAAUAUGAGCAUCUCUACUACCUCUGCGUCUUCUUCAAACAUAUCGUUUUGUUGGUUGCCGAGAAGAGGAGGUUAUUUAUCUAUAUCGACUUUCUUGACAUGUUUGCUGGGGGGGCCAGGUUUGACAUUGUUAUGAAUGCCUUGAUCGAUUUGGCGGCGGUUCAGGUCGACCCAAAGCACAACCCGAUCAUAUUGAUCAUUACAGGCCCAGGUCGUCCAGGCUGCGCGCUCUCAAUUAGGGAAACGCUAAGAAAUCGAGUUCACCCACAGGAUAAGGUUGAUGCUACGGUCUAUUACUUGGACUGGGAUCGCGAUCGUUUAGAACCUGAACCUGCACAUGUCACUAUAGAGGACUAG